AUGCAGAAAUUGAUUUUCCUCGCUCUUAUUUUCACUCUGGCAACAGUCUAUGCUAGGCGUCCAAAUUACGCCAAACAAGGCCGAUCGCCACUAGACGCCUGCCGAUUGGACUGUAUAUAUGACGCAGUGAUGUGUGGCGCCCCCUGUCGUCUGUUGUUCCGGUCUCACCGCCAGGGCUACUUCAAUUGUGCCAGUGAUUGCAGCAGGGACAGGAAGACCUGCUUCUUCGGGUGUGACAAGAAGGUGUCGGCACCGGAACCGGUAGUAGCAGCAGCCACCACUGUAUCAGUGCCAGUCGUACAGACAAAGCACGGACAUAUGGCGGAAGCCGAUGGCAAAGAAACGGGAGAUUCCGACGAAUCUAUCGAGGAUUAG